GCAUGCAUCCAGGGGAGCAGAGGUUUCACUCGAACCUGGCCGCUAUACCUGAAAGCGCGAGAUAACAGGGACCUGGCAAUGAUCUCACUGGACUUCAAUUUGAAUGUUUUGACAAGGGACCUGUCACUUUAUCUGGAAAACCAAGUGAAAGUUGGACUUUUUGGAUCUGGAGUAUUGUCACUGGUGCUCGGCUUCAGCGCAGCUUAUGUCUACUAUUACUUGAUCUCUGUCGCGAAGAAGCCCCAACUGAUUUCCGGUGGUAAGAAGUUCUACCAGUUCCUGCGGGACCAAUGUCCCGUAGUGUCAGAGACCUACUACCCCACCUUCUGGUGCUGGGAGAGCCGGAUCCAGACGGUGCUCAGGCCAUUCGUCACGGCUAAACCGGGUGUCAGCUACAGAAAUGAGCUCAUUGGAGCAGCAGAUGGAGGGCAGAUCUCUCUGGAUUGGUUCGACAACGAUGACAGCGCCUCCCACCCCAACUCGGCCACGCGCCCCACCGUCCUGCUGCUUCCAGGCCUGACCGGCACCAGCAGAGAGUCCUACAUCCUCCACAUGGUCCAGCAGAGCAGGGAGCUGGGAUAUAGGUGUGCGGUAUUCAACAACAGAGGGGUGUCUGGAGAAACUCUCUUGACCCCCAGAACGUACUGCGCUGCCAACACAGAGGACCUGGAGGCUGUCAUCGAACACAUCCAGAGGACAAAUGAGGACGCCCCUCUCAUGGCUGCUGGGGUCUCAAUGGGCGGGAUGAUGCUGGCAAACUACCUGGGGAAGAAGGGCAGGGAGACGUGUCUGAAGGGUGUGGUUGUGUUCUCGGCAGGCUGGGAUGUGUUUGCGUGUACAGCGUCACUGGAGAAGCCUCUGGACCGCUUCCUCUUCAACUCUUACCUCACUAGCUGCCUGCAGGCAGGUGUGGACAGACACAAAUCUGUCCUUGAGAAGAGUUACGACAUUGAUCAUGUGAUGAAGGCCAAGACCAUCCGUGAGUUUGAUGAGAGGUUCACGUCUAUAAUGUUUGGCUACCCCACCAACGAUGACUACUACCACGAUGCCAGUCCCAUCCACAAGCUCAAGUCUGUGCAGGUGCCCAUGUUGUGUCUAAACGCUGCAGACGACGUCUUCUCCCCCUGUCAUGCCAUUCCAGUGGAGGCAGUGAAGCAGAACCCUAACCUAGCCCUCCUUAUCACUUGCCAUGGGGGCCAUAUUGGUUUCCUGGAGGGCCUGUGGCCCCGACGGAGCACCUACAUGGAUCGCGUGUUCAAGCAGUUUGCCAAGGCCGUCAUCGAACAGGGUGGUGACCUGAAUGACCUUUCCAGCUAGUAUGACCAGUUCUUCUCUUUUUCCUUCUCUCUGUCGUUCCUUCACACCUUCUUUUUCUCUCUCUCUCUUUCCUUCAUUCCUUUUCUCCUUCCCCCAGUCCUUCUCUCCUUAUUUCCUCGUCCCCCUCCCCCUCCCUACAAGCAAAAAAAAAACAUUUUCUUUUGAAGUGAACACCCUGUCACAAUACAACAUUUGUCCGUCCACUCAUGUAUUCCUUCAUACAUUAAUUAAUUCAAUGUAUGUCCCCAUGAAUUCAUACUAUGCUUAUUCGAAAAAGUGUUUGCAAUUGCUCAUGUCGACGGUGAAAAGAUGAGUAUGUUCACAUUAGUUGUGCUAGCUAAAUGUGUGUGGUGGAAAUACUUUUUCAAGUUAACAGAAGUACCGUAUGACAUAUUUUCUGCUGUCUUUCCCCGUCCGACAGUGUUCUCAACAACAACUUGUGUAUCAGUAGGAUUUUAGUCCUCAGGGAUUGUAUUUAUUUUUUACAUAGUCUGUCUCUGUCUGUCUUUGUUAUGAAUGUGAAUGUUUUAUGUUGAAAAUCGUUAAUUCCUUUUUUUUAACACACAAAAAAACCCCACAUCUAAUCUCUCAUGACAGACAGCUAUCUGCUAUAGUAGCGUGAUACUUGGUUCUUGGUUUGAGAUGAUAACUUCACCUUACCUGAACAGAUCACAGUAUUUAUGUUCUCUUGAAUUGCUCUGCAUGCACUUUUGUUCACACAUUCUACCUGUGCGCACACCAAAUAGCUCUAACAAUGUAACUCAUUAUUAAUGAUAAGGAAUGUGAAAUUGC